AUGAUGGAUGACACUGGAGGGCUUGGUCUCAUCAUUCUCGGAUCGGUAUUACAAUUGAAAUUCGCUGGCGUUUUGGAUAUAUUAGGUGAUGAACGGUUAGCAACGCCAGUGAUGUUACUUGCAUUUGGCUCUCUAUGUACACUACUAGGUUUUCUUGGAUGCUGUGGUGCAAUUCGAGAAAACUACUGUCUUACCGUAUCCUUCGCUGUAUUGCUUGCACUUGUCAUUAUGCUUGAAACGGCUGCAGUCAUAACAGCUUAUGCUCUACACGAAGAUCUCCGAAGCGGACUAUCCACACAGUUGCAGAUGGGACUCUCUCGUUACAAUCGCAGUAGCGGCGUUCAAAUGGCAUGGGACCAAACGCAGCAAACACUUUCCUGCUGCGGAGUGGCAAAUUCGAGCGAUUGGUCAGCACUGGGGGCAAUUCCGGAUUCGUGCUGUAUCGAGUCAAGCACGGGAUGUGCCCGAGAACUGGCACCACUACACCCUGGUGGAUGCAUGGAAAAAGUUGAAAACUGGAUCCUCAUCAAUGCCGCUCUCGUAGGCAGUGCAUCAGCUGUCCUUGCUGGGCUUCAAGUGGUUGGCGUAUGCUUUGCCUGCUGUUUGUCCAAGAGCAUUCUCAAGGAUUUCCAUGAUUUCUAUUAUUGA